UAAUGUUUUUUUCUUUACCAGUUGUUGCGAUGAGUUCUGCACAGCCGUGGACAGCUCCAGCAAUAUUCUAUCCAUUCGGCUCAACUGUAGGAGACACUGAACACAACGUUAAUUACGAUGAAAGCUCAUAUCCUGUUGCUCUUUCAACCCCAUUUACAUUCUUUGGCCACACAUACAACAGCUUAUAUGUUAUUUAUAAUGGACUCCUGACAUUCACAAUAACAUCAACAUCAGGCCCUAACUAUAGUCCCUUCAGAGGACAAGAAGAUUUCAUUGCUGCGCUCUGGAAUGACUUUGAUGAUUAUUACACCGGCUUGAUUUCAUAUCAGCAGUACACUAAUGGAAGUGUGCUCGACCGCGCCACUCAGGAUAUAAACCAGCAUUUCUCUCCAGUGAACUUCCAAGCUUCUUGGGUCUUUGUCGCCACCUGGAGGUACAAUCUACAGCCAAAUCCGCAAAUCCUGUUCCAAGUAGUUUUAAUUUCAGGCAGUGGAGGCUCCUUCUUUCUGAUGAAUUAUGGUGACUGUGCUUCGUUAUAUGAAGUAACAGAGGCUGGAUUCGACACAAUAAACUCAGUAAGCAACUUUGUAAUUCCUGAUUCAGUUAAUGGCAACUACCGAAACCUCAAGAACACAACUAAUGUAAAUGUUCCCGGCCGCUGGGCCUUCAACGCAACCAGCGGAUCAGUAUACAACACAUCAAAUACCACAGUUACACCAGCAACCACCACACUGUCAACCACAGUUCCACCAGAAACCACCACAUUUACAACAGUUCCUCCAGUUGUUGCGAUGACUUCUGCACAGCCGUGGACAGCUCCAGCAAUAUUCUAUCCAUUCGGCUCGGCUGUAGGAGACACUGAGCAAACUGUUUAUAAUGAUGAAAGCUUAUACUCUGUUGGUCUUUCGACCCCAUUUACGUUCUUUGGCCACACAUACACCAUGUUAUACCUUAUGCAUACCGGCCUCCUUACAUUCACAAUAACAUCAGUGGCAACAUCAGGACCGAAUUAUACUCCCAUAAGAGGAAAUGAUGAUUUCAUUGCUGCGCUCUGGAGUGACAUUGAUGACUAUUACAAUAUUGGUCUUUUCUCAUAUCAGCAGUACACUAAUGGAAGUGUGCUCGACCGCGCCACUCAGGAUAUAAACCAAUACUUCUCUACAACAAACUUCAGUGCUUCUUGGGUUUUUGUUGUCACUUGGAAGUAUGGUUCUCAGCCAAACCCGGCAAUCCUGUUUCAAGCGGUUUUAAUUUCAGGCAGUGGUGAAUCUUUCUUUCUGUUGAACUAUGGUGACUGUGCUGUCUUAUAUGAAGCAGUGGAGGCUGGAUUCGACACAAUAAACUCCAUAAGCAAGUUUAUAAUUCCUGAUUCAGUUAAUGGCAACUACCGAAACCUCAAGAAUACGACUAAUGUAAAUGUUUCUGGUCGCUGGGCCUUCAACGCAACCAGCGGAUCAGUUUACAGCGCACCAAACACCACAGUUACACCAGCUACCACUACAUCGACAACAACUACUAUUACCACAACAGUUGCUCCAGUUGUUGCGAUGAGUUCUGCACAGCCAUGGACAGCUCCAGCAGUAUUCUAUCCAUUCGGCUCGGCUGUAGGAGACACUGAAUAUUCUGAAACUGGUUCUGAAAGCCAAGUUUCAGUUGCUCUUUCCACCCCAUUUACAUUCUUUGGCCACACAUACAACAGCUUAUACGUUAUUUAUAAUGGACUCCUGACAUUCACAAUAACAUCAACAUCAGGCCCUUACUAUAGUCCCUUCAGAGGACGAGAAGAUUUCAUUGCUGCGCUCUGGAAUGACUUUGAUGAUUAUUUAACUGGUGUGAUUUCAUAUCAGCAGUACACUAAUGGAAGUGUGCUCAACCGCGCCACUCAGGAUAUAAACCAGCAUUUCUCUCCAGUGAACUUCCAAGCUUCUUGGGUCUUUGUUGCCACCUGGAGGUACAAUCUACAGCCAAAUCCGCAAAUCUUGUUCCAAGUAGUUUUAAUUUCAGGCAGUGGUGGCUCCUUCUUUCUGAUGAAUUAUGGUGACUGUGCUUCGUUAUAUGAAGUAACAGAGGCUGGAUUCGACACAAUAAAUUCAAUAAGCAAGUUUGUAAUUCCUGAUUCAAUUAAUGGCAACUACCGAAACCUCAAGAGCACGACUAAUGUAAAUGUUCCCGGUCGCUGGGCCUUCAACGCAUGGGCAGCUCCAGCGAUAUUCUAUCCAUUCGGCUCAACUGUAGGAGACACUGAGCACCACGUUAAUUACGAUGAAAACUCAUAUCCUGUUGCUCUUUCAACCCCAUUUACAUUCUUUGGCCACACAUACAACAGCUUAUACGCUAUUUAUACUGGAGUUCUUUCAUUCACAAUAUCCCCAACAUUAAAUGUUGACAUCAAUCCUUUCGGAGGAAAUGAUGAUUUCAUUGCUCCGCUCUGGAAUGACUAUGAUGAUUAUUACACUGGAGUAUUCUCAUAUCAACAGUACACUAAUGGAAGUGUGCUCGACCGCGCCACUCAGGAAGUAAACCAAUAUUUCUCUCCAACAAACUUCAAUGCUUCCUGGGUCUUUGUUGCCACUUGGAGGUACAAUCUACUGCCAAAUCCGACAAUCCUGUUCCAAGUGGUUUUAAUUUCAGGCGGUGAUUGGUCCUUCUUUCUAAUGAAUUAUGGAGACUGUGCUGUCUUAUAUGAACCAACAGAGGCUGGAUACAGCACAAUGAACUCAGUAAGCAACUUUGUGAUCCCUGAUUCAACAAAUGGCAACUACCGAAGCCUCAAGAACACGACGAAUGUAAACGUUCCCGGUCGCUGGGCCUUCAUCUCAAACAAAGGAUUAGAAAAUAUCAUUGGAACCCAAUUUAAGCUCACGUCGUAUUUAGACCUGACACAGAGUGAUAACCUGGAGGCUGUUCUGCAGCAAAUAAAACAAGAACUGGUCAGUCGUGGGCUGUCAGGUAACUUCGAGAUAAAGAAAAGACGUGUCAAAAAGGUGCAGCCGUGAUCAGAAAAAACCUCAGAAAGUCGAUGCUUCACAUGAAGAAAAACCUCCCAAUUUAAUCACCCCUCAGCUUGCUAAACAUACUUAUAUAACAUAUUCACACACAAUUAUGUACACAAAAACAUUUAUUAUAAUCAAACUAAUAUAGUAUUCAUUUAUCCUAAUUAAUUAAUCAAUGAUUUUCCAAUGCAAUCUCAAGGCAAUGUGUAACUUUUUGAUUUAGUGGCUAAUUCGCAUUAAAUCAGAUUAUUUCAUUCAUAUAUUUUACUUUGAUUAGCUCAUACUCCAAUAAGGGGUAGAUUUAGGGGUAGGGAGCCUACUUUAAAAAUGGUAUGUUUUCAUAUGAAUGAAAUAACAUGAAUUAGCCAAUUCUCUGACAAUACAUAAUAUAGUUAUGUUUCUUCAUGAAAUUGGACUGUUUUUAUAGCUCUUUUCUCAUCAUGCUUGUGUUUUAUGAAAUGUUAGAUGUGCAUCUUACUUUAAAACUUAAAUGACAGAAGAAAUACAAUAUGACGUAACUAAAUAAACAACAGGUUUAUAGGUUUAUAUAAACAUUGCUGGUUAACAUCUUUGUCAUAAAACCUUGAUCAUCUCUUUUAGGACAUUACUAAUGAAAUAGAGAUAACUUUAAGUAUAACUUUUGAGAUAACUUUAAAUAAACAAACAUUGACGUCUAUUCAAUGCACACAAGGAAGAACAAAAUUUUUGAUUGAUUUAGAUUGACAAGAAGUUAUGCUUUUGAAUUGGAAAAAGGAUCAAUAUUGUUUUAUAUUGUACAUAUUUGCACGCAGAUACACAAGCAGAUGUCUUAAUCUUGUUGUUUUUAUUUAAAAUUGUUGCUUAACUAUUACUGUACUUUUGUCUAUUGAAAUUAUAUUUUGAAUGUUUAAUCUUUUUUUUUUUUACUCAGUAUCUAUUUCUGUUCAUGUUUUUACACAUACACUGUAAAAAAUCUGACCUUAAAUUCACAGUAAAUUACUGGCUAAUAUUUGCAUUACUUUUCACAGUAAAAUACUGUAUG